CUCGGGGCUGUCCGGGGAGGUGUGGGUCGAGCCCCGCGGUGCUGUCCCCGCAGGCGAUGGGGGCGUGCGAGCCCCCCAACUUCUCGUGGGUGUCGGAGGGGCGGCUGGCGGCGCUGGGCAUGCCGCGGGAGCCAGGGCACUACCGCUUCCUGCUGGCGCAGGGCGUGCGGCACUUGGUGUCGCUGACCGAGCGGCCGCCGCCGCACCACGGCUGCUGCCCGGCGCUGCAGCUGCACCGCUUCCGAGUGCCGGACUUCACCCCCCCGGCCCCCCAGCAGAUCCGCAGCUUCCUGCAGCUGGUGGAGGAGGCCAACGCCCGCGGCGAGGCUGUGGCAGUGCACUGCAUGCUGGGCCACGGCCGGACGGGCACCAUGCUGGCCUGCUACCUGGCACGGGCACAGGGCUUGAGCGGCAGCGAUGCCAUCCGCGAGAUCCGGCGGCUGCGGCCUGGCUCCAUCGAGACGCGGGAGCAGGAGCAGGCAGUGAUCCACUUCUGCCAGCAGGCUGGUGCUGGAGAGGACAGCAAGGAGCUGUGAGCAGGAGCUGGGAGCAGGAGCUGGGAGCAGAAGCUGUGAGCAGAAGCUGUGAGCAAGGAGCU